CCUCUGAGGACAGGAAGUGUAAUGUGACUCCACGGUCUGAGCCCCUUGCUUUAAUCUGGGCAUGGCUGGAGUCCAACUGAGUGUAUCACAUUCACACAGUCUCACACACUGCGCUGCGGAGGAUUACAGCGACCCGGGUCACACACACACACACAGUGUAGAGCUACGGCCUGUACCAGGCGCUGAGCGCCGGCUCCGAAUGCAGCUGUAACGUGGGUCCUGACGGAACCAAGAAGAAGAAAUCCAAAAACCUGGCCAAAGACAUGAAGAACCGACUCGCUUUCCUGAGGAGGAGGAAUGAGUCUCCCGGAAGCUCCCCAGUCGGCAAGCUCGACAAAUCCAAGAAGUCUGUCAAGCCCACUCCUGAAGAGUCAAUGAAGUGGGGUGAAUCUUUGGACAAGCUGCUCAUCCACAAAUAUGGGCUGGCGGCGUUUAGAGCUUUCUUGCGCACGGAGUUCAGUGAAGAGAAUCUGGAUUUCUGGCUGGCCUGCGAGGAUUACAAGAAGAUUAAAUCACAGUCCAAGAUGGCAUCGAAAGCUAAGAAAAUCUUUGCGGAAUUCAUCGCUAUCCAGUCUUGUAAGGAGGUGAAUUUGGAUUCCUGCACCAGGGAACACACUAAAGAGAACUUACAAAACAUCAGUCGCUCUUGUUUCGACCUGGCCCAGAGAAGGAUAUACGGCCUGAUGGAGAAAGACUCGUACCCUCGAUUUCUGCGCUCAGAACUCUAUGUGGAGUUAGUGAAUCAAAAGAAACCCAGCACCACAUCAACCUCCUCCUAAGAUGACAGAGAGAGAGAGAGAGAGAGAGAGAGAGAGAGAGAGAGAGAGAGAGAGAGACUAUAAAAAGUAGCAUUGGAGAGGUUUCUUUCACUUAGCAUUUCAUUCUCAUCAGCCAUUCUCUGUGUUAAUGUGGCGAAAAGACAGGGAGUGGAGAAAUGCUCAAGGCAUCGUUUACAAGUGGUGAAAGAAGGUAGUGUGACCCGACCUAAUGGCGCUGGACGAGUGGGGCACCACCAUGCUGAAUUAUGCUGGUUAUUCCCAUUUGAAUUUUGUUAUUUAAUUGGUUUUCCAAGUGUACUGGAGACAUUUGAGGCAAUUAUUGCCUCUUUAACAUUAAGACAGCUGGGUACUGUUUAGCAUCUUUAUCUUCUUCUGCUGGAGCACUAUUGGUGCCACCAACCUCUCUUUGUUCUCCAUUUCAUGAUGACUUUCCUGGACAUUUCAGAAAUAUCUCGUCCCUACAGGGUUGGAUGUCGACAAUGAACAAGCACUUAUCGCUCAAUGGUGUUUCUGUGAACCUUCAUCCAUGUCCGUCGACUCCAUAUCACAUGAAGAGGUGCAAGAAAUGCUGGCACAAAACAUAAUUUAAAAGACAAUUCAUAAAUUCAUAAAUAAAUAACGCUCUAGAGGAAUGGACCAAAUUGCAGCUGAAGACUGAAGACUGGAGCAUUUCGCUCUGAGCUUGAAAUGGACUUGAAAUUGGGCGUUGGUCUCUAAAGAGUAUACAAAACAUGCUUAGCUGUGAUAUGUAAAGCCAAUAAGCCAUUCAUUGUAGCUCCGCAUUAAGAAUGGAAGAGACAGUAUUCUCAGGACAUUAUGGCACUCAAUUAUGAAGCUUAUUUAACCUUCUGUUUCUAUUCUUAAAAUGUUGUUUUUUCCGGACUUUAGGUGUAAUCAUGCACUCUAUAUUUAAUAGAGGUCAUUUAGGAUCUUUCCCUAUAUCUGUUAAUAAGACAACAUAUUUUACCAAUACAAAAAAGUAGUUAUUUAUUUAGAGGUUUUACUGGUUGCUUUGUUCAUUGCACUCAGCUGAAUUUCCCUUUUCCACUUUGGUCCAGGUCCACAGCUGUCCUGAUGGAAGUGCAAUAUGUUUAUUAUUUUUAUUUCUUGACUUAUCUUAUGGAUAAGUUUACCUUUUUUAUGAAAAAGACAAUGGAUUGAGAUCUGUAUUCAUUUUAUUGUAAGUUGCAGGUAAUGUAAGAAUUACAUUAAUACACAAAUUAUUCUAACUGUGGUUCCCUGGCAGCAGGCAGCCGGGUUAAUGGAUGUAUAUAUGAUUCUUAAGAAAAAAUGACAAAAAGAUAAAAACACACAAGGUUUUGUGGGUGUACCAUGAAGCGUUGCUGUACCUAUGUAAAUAUGUGAACCUUAAAGCUAUAAAAUGACAUGUAUUGUUAUAAAUCGGGGCGGAGCAGGUAUGGUCGUCCUCUGCCUUGGACGUACACUGCUUUGUUGUUUUAUGAACUGUAUUUUAGCAUUAUAAUAAUAAAAUAAUAAUAA